UGCCACAACGGCAAAACCUGGAAUGACCGCCACGUGGAAAGGCUCUGUCUGUGAAACGGAUAGGGCUGCCUCAAUGGCACUUAAUUUCACAAUUUUUUGCAGUGGACAAUCCAUAGUCAGUCGUACACAGGGGAGAUGGCAAUGGAGUCUUUGAAUUGCCACAAUAGACUUUUCUCGCCUCCGAUAUCUUGCGCUUCGUCCAAGACAUUUUCUCGACGAGUUUGUUCUCGUUUUUCUGGAUUAUCUACGUCAAAAUUUUGCCCUUCUUUGAAAAUUUUAUCGCCACAGAGAAAUGCUGGGAAGCAGCGGUUUAAUCGUGGGUACCCUGUCGUUCGAGCUAUUGAAUUAGACCAGGAUACGAUUGUUGCUGUCUCUGUAGGUCUUGUUAGCAUUGCUGUUGGUAUUGGUAUUCCAGUGUUCUACGAAAUUCAAAUCAAUAAUGCGGCAAAUCGAGAGAAUGACCAGCCAUGUUUCCCGUGCAAAGGAACUGGUGCUCAAACAUGUCGCAUUUGCUUGGGAGCGGGUGACGUUACUGUUGACUAUGGAGGAGAUCAAACUGAGGUAUCCCAAUGUGUAAACUGUGAAGGAAAAGGUGCUUUGACCUGCACUACAUGUCAAGGUACAGGAAUCCAGCCUCGGUACUUAGACCGAAGAGAGUUUAAGGAUGACGAUUGAUUAUCUAGAUUUAACAUUCUGAUGUUAGAUCAAUUCUGCUGAAGACGUUUUGAUUAACGAAAAAAAUGAGAUGACCAGUAUGCUCUAACUGCUCAUCCAAUGUUUUGAAGCUUUAUCUGCCUAUUUUUCAAAACAUUAGUUUUAUUAUUUUUUUACUGUUCUGUGUUUAUUGUUUGUGCAACUUGGGUUGUACACUUUUUGACAAGGAAAAAAUGUACCCAGUCUAGCAAGUGCUAUUUAUUUUUGUUCUAGAAAAUUAUGCAAUGUUGCAUUUUUCUGGUUUCUCUGUACAAAAUAAGUGCAUCAAAAUGAUUGCAAUGCCAGAUUACCAGGAACUUUUGGCCUACAAUAUAACCAUUUUUCCUUC